AUGGCAGAUAACUCCGGCAACCCUCCGUCGACGCCGGACUCGCCGACGUCGGCAGGGUUCAACACCGAUCAGCUCCCGCACACGAGCCGCACCUCCGAGAACUUCUCCUCCUCCGGCGACGAGGCCGACGUCGAUCCCAAUAUCCUCCAAGAUGACGUGGAGGACGAUCUCCUUGUUGAAGAGGAGCCGGAGGGGGAGGAUCUGUUGGAAGGAAACUACAUGGAUGACUACCGGAGAAUGGAUGAGAUGGAUCAGUAUGAGUCGGUGGGGCUGGAUGACUCGGCUGAGGACGAGAGGGAUUUGGAUCAGAUCAUGGCGGAUCGCCGGGCGGCUGAGCUUGAGCUUGAUAAGCGCGACGGCGUGCCGGCCUCUCGGAAGCUUCCUCAUCUUCUUCAUGACCAAGAUACUGAUGAGGACAACUACAGGCCUUCGAAGAGGGCCAGGGCUGAUUUCAGGCCUCCGAGGAGCGCAGAUGAUGCCGAUGGAAUGGCGAGUUCACCUGGAAGAUCACAGCCUGGACAAUCCAGAGAGGAUGUCCCCAUGACUGAUCAGACUGAUGAUCAAUACGAGGAUGAUGAAGACGAAGAUGGGUUUGACAUGUAUCGUGUCCAGGGAACACUCCGAGAGUGGGUUACUAGAGAUGAAGUACGAAGAUUUAUUGCCAAGAAAUUCAAAGAGUUUCUACUCACCUAUACAAAUCAGAGGAAUGAUCAUGGUGACAUUGAAUAUGUGCGCCUCAUUAAUGAAAUGGUGUUAGCAAACAAGUGUAGUCUGGAGAUUGAUUACAAGCAAUUUAUCUAUGUUCAUCCCAAUAUUGCUAUUUGGCUGGCUGAUGCACCCCAGUCUGUCCUGGAAGUCAUGGAAGAUGUUGCGAAGAAUGUUGUGUUUAAUUUACACCCCAAUUACAAACUUAUCCAUCAAAAGAUCUAUGUUCGCAUAACUAACUUACCUGUUUAUGAUCAGAUUCGUAACAUUAGGCAGAUUCAUUUGAAUACCAUGAUUCGUAUCGGAGGGGUUGUGACCCGACGCACUGGAGUGUUUCCCCAGUUGCAACAAGUAAAGUAUGAUUGCAAUAAAUGUGGAGCAAUUUUGGGGCCAUUCUUUCAGAAUUCUUAUUCGGAAGUUAAAGUUGGUUCUUGCCCUGAAUGUCAAUCAAAAGGACCAUUUACCGUCAAUAUUGAGCAGACAAUAUACAGGAACUAUCAAAAGCUUACGCUACAGGAAAGCCCAGGAAUAGUGCCUGCAGGUCGGCUUCCAAGAUACAAGGAGGUUAUAUUAUUGAAUGAUCUAAUUGAUUGUGCUCGUCCAGGGGAAGAGAUUGAGGUCACUGGUAUUUAUUCAAAUAAUUUUGACCUGUCUUUGAAUACAAAGAAUGGGUUUCCUGUAUUUGCCACUGUGGUUGAAGCAAAUUAUAUCACAAAGAAGCAAGACCUCUUUUCUGCUUACAAACUUACUCAGGAAGACAAAGAACAGAUUGAAGCGUUAGCUAAAGACCCAAGAAUCGGGGAAAAGAUUGUCAAGUCCAUUGCUCCAUCUAUUUAUGGCCAUGAGGACAUAAAGACUGCAAUAGCUCUUGCCAUGUUUGGAGGCCAAGAGAAAAAUGUUGAGGGAAAACACCGAUUGCGAGGUGAUAUAAACGUACUUCUCCUUGGUGAUCCAGGCACAGCAAAAUCACAGUUUCUUAAGUAUGUCGAAAAGACUGGGCAGAGGGCUGUGUAUACCACAGGUAAAGGAGCAUCUGCUGUGGGGCUUACAGCAGCUGUGCACAAGGAUCCUGUUACAAAGGAGUGGACCCUUGAAGGAGGAGCCCUUGUUCUAGCAGACAAGGGAAUAUGCCUUAUUGAUGAAUUUGACAAAAUGAAUGAUCAGGACAGGGUGAGUAUUCAUGAAGCAAUGGAGCAGCAAAGUAUUAGCAUAUCGAAAGCUGGGAUUGUCACCUCUCUCCAAGCACGCUGCUCUGUCAUUGCAGCUGCAAACCCUGUUGGAGGAAGAUAUGAUUCCUCAAAAACAUUUACACAAAAUGUUGAGUUGACAGAUCCGAUCAUCUCUCGUUUUGAUAUCCUUUGUGUUGUGAAGGAUGUGGUUGACCCCGUCACUGAUGAAAUGCUUGCAAAGUUUGUAGUUGAUAGUCAUUUCAAGUCACAACCCAAGGGAGCCAAUAUGGAUGAUAUAACCUUAGACGAGUCUCAAGAAGAUAUCCAAGCCUCCACCAGUCCAGUAGAUCCUGAUAUACUUCCUCAAGACUUGCUAAAGAAGUACUUGACUUAUGCAAAGUUAAAUGUAUUCCCAAGGUUGCAUGAUGCUGAUUUGGAUAAACUCUCAAAUGUUUAUGCUGAACUGCGGCGAGAAUCUUCGCAUGGACAAGGUGUACCAAUAGCUGUAAGGCACAUAGAAUCAAUGAUACGAAUGUCUGAAGCACAUGCAAGAAUGCACCUUAGACAACAAGUUACCGGAGAUGAUGUGGACAUGGCAAUUCGUGUGGCACUUGAUUCAUUCAUCUCCACCCAAAAAUUCGGGGUGCAGAAAGCUCUACAGAAGAGUUUCAAAAGGCAUAUCACUUUCAAGAAAGAUAGGCAUGAACUGGUCCUCUUUCUUCUCAAAGAUCUGGUGAGGAAUGCAUUGCAUUUUGAAGAAAUCGUGUCCGGCUCUUCUUUAGGGCUCACCCAUAUUGAUGUUAAAGUGUCAGAUUUGCUGAACAAGGCAAAUGAGCAUGAAAUCUAUGAUCUGAACCCCUUCUUUACUAGUGCUAUUUUCACACGUGCCAAUUUUGUGUUGGAUGAGGAGAAGGGAUUGAUAAGGCAUCGCCUAUCAGGAUGAUGUGGAAUUGAAGAGCAAGAGUUUCUCAUAGAACCUCUUUUUGAUGGGCAAUGAACUACAUAAGUAGCUAGCACGAAGAUCUCAAAAUUUCCAUGUCCUUUG